CUUAACCCGAAUACAACAACACCUGACCCGUUUCUUCUUCCCGGACUGAGCAGCCGCACGAUGAGCUCCGAGAACGAAGACUCUUCAGCUGUGCGACGGCGCGUGUCCUGCACCAAAAGCUUCGACGCUCUCUGGUUCUGCUACUGGAUGUCUAGAUGGUCCAACAUAACCAGCAAUGGCGAUGAGACAGGACAAGCACCAUUUUACCAAAUGCAGCAGUAUUACCGGGUUGGCAGACUUGAUGAUUGUACUAAGAAGUUCUCUGAUCUCUUUGAUUGUCUUUCCUUAAAGACAAAAAGAGUUUCUGAAGCCGAGAAAAUUCUAGAAGAGAAGGAGAUGGCAGAUGCGGCAAAACAUAUUUGGAUUAUGCGAACACAGGAAGAAGCUUCAAGUCAUUGGAAUGAGACUUUUGGGCAUUUGGAGGAUCCAAAUUGUUAGAAGGUACAGUUUCAUUUGUUCCAUUCUUGAUGGAGAUUUUUACUUCCAAGAAACUUGAUGUCUGCAGGUUAUUCUGCCGGAUAGAAAAAGCUUUUUCUCAUCGGUUACCUUGAACAUUUUUAGCAAACUUAAGUUAUACCUCAAUCUCCAAAGAAAUGCACCUCGAAAGAUGGAGAUAUGCUUUAAGAUCAUUUAUUGGAUUGUGGAUGUAUUUGGUUGAUUGGUAACAACAGAGAAUGAUGCAUUGCUAAAUAAAAUCUUACAGCUAUUAAGUAUUAACAGAAAGGUACCUUAUUAUU